UGAGGUGGAGUGGAGAAUCCGGAAGGCAAACAACGAGUGGGGAUUUGAACGUUCUUACGUGUCACUCGCGGAGUUCAAGCUACUGUGCAUGUCUCCCUAAAUAAAAACACAAAGAAGAAGAAGAGAGACUCGUGGGACAGGUCGCCAGCAGAGUGGUCAUUGAUGAGCCCCGGUUGCCGCGGUAACGGUAGCUGAAGACGUCGGCCGAAAUGAAGGCUUUGAUCCUAGUGGGCGGCUACGGCACCCGCCUGCGACCGCUCACUUUGAGCGUGCCCAAGCCGCUCGUGGAGUUCUGCAACAAGCCCAUCCUGCUGCACCAGGUGGAGGCCUUGGUUAAGGCCGGGGUGAAGCACGUGGUCUUGGCGGUGAGCUACAUGUCUGAGCUGCUGGAGCGAGAAAUGAGAAUCCAGGAGCAGAGACUUGGAAUUCGUAUCUCGCUCUCACACGAGAAGGAGCCUCUCGGAACUGCGGGUCCUCUGGCGCUGGCCCGUAAGCUGCUGGACAUUGACAACGAGCCCUUCUUCGUACUCAACUCGGACGUCAUUUGUGACUUUCCCUUCCAAGAUAUGCUGAAGUUUCACUGCGACCAUGGCAAGGAGGGCACCAUUGUGGUGACUCGCGUGGAGGAGCCCUCCAAGUACGGCGUGGUGGUGUUCGAGGCGGAGAGCGGCAGGAUUCAUCACUUUGUGGAGAAGCCGCAGGUGUUUGUGUCCAACAAGAUCAACGCGGGCAUGUACAUCUUCAAUUCCAGCAUGCUUGACAGGAUCCAGUUGAGACCGACGUCCAUAGAGAAAGAGAUUUUCCCUGUCAUGGCUGAAGAGGGACAGCUGUACGCCAUGGAGUUACAGGGUUUCUGGAUGGACAUCGGUCAGCCCAAGGACUUCCUCACGGGAAUGUGCAUGUACCUGCAGUCGCUACGGCAACAGGCCCCUGAGAAGCUGCGCACCGGGCCCGGUUUUCUCGGCAACGUUCUGGUGGACCCGACGGCCCGGAUCGGCGAGAACUGCACCAUCGGGCCCAACGUGACCAUCGGCGCCGGCGUGGUGGUGGAGGACGGCGUGCGGGUCAAGCGCUGCACGGUUCUGAAGGGGGCCCGAGUACGCUCGCACUCCUGGUUGGAGAGCUGCAUCGUGGGCUGGAGCUCCUCCGUGGGCCAGUGGGUCCGCAUGGAGAACGUGACGGUCCUGGGCGAGGACGUGCUGGUCAACGACGAGCUCUACCUGAACGGCGCCAACGUCCUGCCGCACAAGUCCAUCAGCGAGUCGGUUCCGGAACCGCGUAUCAUCAUGUAGACCCUAAAACCCAGCCGGCUUCUUCUUCUGUGAACUCCACUAAACAGCCAAACUGUCCCAGAGAGUCCAAAGUCGUUGGAGGAAAGACCACCCAAACCUUUUGGGGGGGGAGGGGGGAGGGCGAGGACGACGACGACUUAAGCUCUGCUUGACUGCACCUUCAAUGAUUGGCCAAGGCUGAUGUCAAGUGAUGGAGGUGGCAGGAAGGAGCUGCAUGAGGACCACACUUCAUCUCCACUGAGCAAUGCUCAAAUUGGCCACUGGAGGGCAGCAGAGUAACCGCUACACUGGAACCUCUGAAGUCCAACGCAGUCAUCUCCCAUUUGUUCAACUUUCACAGAAAUGAUUUGCUCUGUGGGUAACAUUUGAACAUACAAGUGUAAACAGGAAGUCACCCGCUGUUAAUCGUAAAACAGUCGCCUUUAACUUUGAUAACGAGCGAGGAAGCGUACGCACGAACGGUGAUGCUGAAGUCUUCAUGUUUCCAUGUCAUAACUUCCCGUGUGUCUUUUACACUAGAACUUUCUGUGUGUCUUCGCCGCCGAUUCGAUGGCACAUAAGGAAGGCUUGGUACACACUUAAGGACUUUUCCAAUCUUAAAAGGGUAUUUAUCCGUGACAGACCCCACACAUGACGAAAACAAUCUGGCAUUGAACAGUUUCGGUCGUGUUGUGUGCUCCGAUAAUCUCAACGUACUACAACACGGCACACAUCAAGAUUCUGCUGCCCUGCCGAUGUGGAAAUAUCGCGUGAUCGCACGUGAUCUCGCAAAACGCGCACUCGAAGACUUUCGGUUGGAAAUAUUGACCACGUCGCUUAUUUCAGAUUGCCAGCCCCGACCUGUUUUGGACCCUAAAAUCGGGACGACUCCGCUCUUAACACACGUCAGACCGAAGUGCAAUCGUCCGGGCUCAUCGUAUGAGAUUGUCUGGCGUGCUUGGUCGCGAAGAGGCAACAUCGGAACAAAAACAGGCCGGUUGUCUGUGCCGUGCACCGGACGAUACUUUGCGUACGGUCACGGUGACUGCCUUGACGACGGCACGCGACUUCCUGGCGUCUGCGCUGCGGUAGCUUCCCGCGUGUCGUCUUCAUCACUGCUUUGACAUCGCCUGGCUUCCUGUGUAUCUUCUUCGCCGCUCCUGUGGUUUCACCUAACUUGCCGUGUGUCUUCCUUUUCCCCCUCACCUUCUUCUUAUCGAAGGUUCACAGAGCCUGAAAUCCGGUACAGACACCGAAACUGAGUGACAGACUUGGACCCUGGUCGCUCAACUUACUGACUUCGUUUAUGUCCUGUGACUUCCUAUGUGUCGUCAUCUUCUCGUUGCUGAAUUUAUUUUGUAAUAAGUGUCUCAAAUACAAAUCCCUGAAAAACACCUGCUUAGUUAAUCCUUUGUUGCUCACCGAACUGAGGUCUUGUGUGACAUCAUGGUGGUUUUAAUGCUCCUUAGUUUCGGGGGAGUUUUUUUUUUUUUUUUUUUGGUCCCGGAAACUUGUGAAUUCCUUGACUUUGAUUGUUGGACUUUACAGUUUGCACUGUAGUAGGGUUCUGUAAAGAAAAAAGAACAAAGAACUAAUUAGCAUAGUCGAUCGUGUCAAUUAAUCACUGUUAAUUACACAUUCGGCAUGCUAAACCUGUUGAUUGAAGUUGUACAGUCACAAUUUAAAAAAAACAACAACAAAAAACAAUUGAAGCUAUUUUAAAUGUGACCUGAAGGUGGUGCUAGAGUUAAAGGAGCCUUUUUUUUCUGUCGAUAUAAUUUGCAGGAAGGAAAUUUUACGUUGUUUCCCUUUCUACACAUUGAUGAAAUGUGAUCAAAUCAACACGCGAUAUGAUUUGUGAGGUCAUAUUGGCUGUAUUAAAAUAUUUAAAUGUUGAA